CCUCAGACUGCAUCUUGGUUUCUACCUGACCCCUCUGUUCUGGAGGAGUGUGGGCAGUCUGUGCAUCACCCUCAACCUUUGAGGACCCUUCUCCAGUACCACACCAACCUUUCUCCAGACCCACAUGUUGAGGCCAAUGACGACCACAUCCUGUCUCCAUCUCCCCGAGAGUCAUCCACUGACCAAGCUGACCCAGAGAUCCAAUCAGAACCCAUACAGACAUUUAUGACCAUUCAAAGCCCUGCAUCAUAUUGCUGUGAGUCAGAAAUGACACCUUCGCUGGAUUACAGGGAGAGUCGACGAGGGAUGAAUUUAGACCGCACUGCAAAUGGCGACAUUUUCCCCUCGAAUGAAGAGGUGGAGCGUGUCGACAAGGAAACUCUUGACGAAGAGAGUGAAAUGGAUCAGGCUUUUCUUCUCCUUCGUGCUGACAGUGGGCCGAAAAUCCAACCGGGAGCUCACCGCUUCGAAAAGGAAACGCAGGAUGUUUCUGAUUGGUCUACGUCCUGUCGGCUCCGUCAGCCCACGGUGCUGCUGCACAGACUUGACAUUACUGAUACGCUGUCACCUGUGUCAGAGGUCUUUCCAACGCCGAGCAGAGAGAGGCUUCAGAUUGACAAUGUGGAAACCCAAGGACAGAGAGGAGAACGGGUGGUAUCACAGAGGAAUGUCGAAGUCGAGCCCUCAGAUAGCCGACCUCAGUAUUCUCUGGUCCCUGGCCCAUGCUGUACUAAGGGGCAGCCUAAAAGAAGCAAGCGUGUCAAAAAAUGCUCCUUGUGUGGGAAAACUUUCAGGGAAGCAAAGGAUUUGACAGCACACAUAACAUCUCACACUGAGCAGAGGCCUUACCAGUACACCCUGUGUAGUAGACAAGACGUUGAACACCGUGAGGACUUGCAGAAGCGUCGGCAGAAUGUGUGUGAGGCGGCAGCUCAACCAGAAGAGGACAACACGUCUGAGGCGGCAGCUCAACCAGAAGAGGACAACACGUCUGAGGCGGCAGCUCAACCAGAAGAGGACAACACGUCUGAGGCGGCAGCUCAACCAGAAGAGGACAACACGUCUGAGGCGGCAGCUCAACCAGAAGAGGACAACACGCAUCUGAGGUGGCAGCUCAACCAGAAGAGGACAACACGUCUGAGACAUCGACGGAGGAUUGCACAGAGAUAUCUCAGCCCCGCGACACUUUACCCCAGAGAAGGCACAUGA